CGCCACCAGCAAUACUAUUAUAUAAUUCACAUAAAGUCUGCCCCUCCCUCCUAAUUCGAUAACAUUCCCAAUAAUAAUAAGCAUGACCAAGUUUGUUAAUAUAAAUAUGUAUGCAUUGAAGUUAGACAAAUCAAUCUUCUCCAAACACACAUACAUAUAGCAUAGUGGCAUACUAGCAUAUUUUCAUUGACAUAAUUCAUCAAUAUCCAUCCAUACUGUGACAUAUAGACAUAUAUGGAGCCAGAACCUUAUUUUCCUUCACCUGCACUCUGCUCAACCAGGUGGUGGUCGAAGGAGACGGUGGCGGUGGUGACAGGAGGAAACAAGGGCAUUGGGUUUGCUCUUGUGAAACGUUUUGCUGAGUUGGGACUGAGUGUAGUGUUAACUGCUAGAGACAAGAAGAAAGGAGAGGAUGCUGUGGAGAGAAUUCGAGCACAAUUAGGCCUUGUUGCACCUCAUCAUCAUGUUCACUUUCUAGUCCUUGAUGUCUCAGAUGCUGAUUCUAUUAAAACCUUUGCAUCCUCCUUCAAAGACAAAUUUGGAGCCACCUUGGAUAUUCUCGUGAACAAUGCGGCUGUAUCAUUCAAUGAGCUCGACGAGAAUUCAGUGGACCAUGCUGAAAACGUCAUGAAAACAAAUUUCUAUGGUCCCAAGUUGCUUAUAGAGGCACUUCUUCCCCUCUUUCGUUGCUCCUCCUCUUCUAAUUCUUCCAUCACACGUAUUCUCAAUGUUAGCUCAAGACUCGGUUCUUUGGAUAAGGUGACAAACGUGGAAAUGAAAAGAAUUCUAGAGAGUGAUGAAUUGAAGGAAGAUGAAAUCAACGAAAUGGUGAAAAAAUUUCUAAGAGAUGUGAGAAAUGGAACAUGGAAGAGUCAAGGGUGGCCAUCAUAUUGGACAGACUAUGCAGUAUCAAAAUUGGCUCUAAAUGCAUACUCAAAAGUGUUGGCUAAGAGAUAUAAUAUUAAUACAACGAAGUUGAUGAGUGUGAACUGUUUUUGCCCUGGCUUCACUCAAACCUCAAUGACAAAAGGUAAGGGCACUCACACUGCUGAUCAAGCUGCUUCUCUUGCUACCAUCCUUGUGUUGCUUCCACCACACCACUUGCCCACUGGAAAAUUCUUCUUGCUCAGAAAUAAUACCACCUUCCAACAAGUUGCUAAUUCUAAACUUUGAUCUUGAUCAUGAUCAUUGUCAUUGCCACGUGGAGAUAACAUAAAAUAAAAUGUUACUCCAUCAUCAAUUCUUAAUUAAUUAACUUUAUCUUGCUUUCUUGUCCGACCUGUUGUAAGAAAAUUGAUAUUUUUUUUUUUUUUUUGCUAAGGUAGUUUAAGACUUUUAUGAGUUGAAUUAGAAGUGUU